AUGCCGUCCAGUCGCGGCGUCUCCCUCUCCAUCUCCUUAGCGGAUGCGGAGGUGGCCCCGGGUGGCAUGCUGCGCGGUGAGGUCAAGGUGAAAGUGGACGCCUCGCACAAGAACGGCAUCGUCUACGAGGCUAUACGCCUUGUUUUUCUUGCAGUGGAGAAGAGCUGUGUGUGGGAUGAUCAGGGCGAGUUUGAUGAGCUGCUGAACAAGUACACGUCAUCACGUGUCUACCUCGAUCGCCACGUGACGCUCACCGGCUUCAAAACACAGUCCGAGGAUGCUGAGACCACCGCGCAGGUUCGGGAGGAGAUGCUGUUCCUCCAGCACUCCGCCACCCCGUACGCCGCGGUGGCGCCGACAAAGCCGAAGAAAGACGCGUACCGCCAUUACACACGCGAGGAGCUGCUGCACGGUGCCAUCCAAAUGGCGGCCACGACGAAGUACACCACGGGGGGGACGGUCGCCCCUGACGCCAACGCCAAUACUAAUAACUGCGUGGGAAGUCAAGGGCCUGUGCAAGGGGUUGACGGGCCGCAUUUGGCCGCGGCGGCCCCAAGUGGGGGAGCCACGGAAGUGGAGGUCCCCGUACUGAUGCCUGGAACCCAUCGUUUCCCUUUUCUAUUUCGCCUGCCUCCCUGGCUACCGCCUUCCUUCUACUACUCCUUCGUUGGCGCCAAGGGGCAGCUCCAGUACUCGGCGUCCGCCACGAUGCUGUUCCCCGGCAACGGUGCCGGCUCAUGGUGGUUCAAAAUCUGCAGGGACAUGAAGGGGGCAACGUGUGAUGUGGAGAAGACCUCCAACAAAGCUGCCGGCGCCGACGCCCCUUCUGGCAAGAGGGAGCGCAAGCGAACGGGUCGCGGUGAGUCUGGGGAGGGCGUCAUAGACCUGGAGGAUUACGACGUCGGCGAGCGCACGAAUCGGCGUCUUACCAGCAUGCCCGUCUACGGCCCAUCAGACCUCACAACCGCCAUCCACUUCGACGUGCUGUCCGUGAUGCCGCGUCGUCAGCUAGUGGCCGCGUACUACCAGAUCGACACUCACAACCUCCAUCAGCGACCGACGAACCCACCACGGGAGGCGGAGAACGCCAAUAACAGCAGCAGCAGCAGGAACGGUGCGACGAAACUGCGAGGACGCGUCGGCAAGAGCAACUACGCCGGCGACGUGAAACCAUCCGGCGUGUCGGCAGGGCUGCUGGAGCACCACGAGGACACGCACUUGGCCCUGUCCGCGCUCUACCAAACGUUCCGCUGCGGCUGGCUGGGGAACAUGUGCUGUCUGCAGCCGCAGAACGCAAUCGAGGCGGAGGUGCUCGUGGUGGGUGCGCGGACAGUGCUGUUGGCCGAUGACGUCGGUGCCUUGCAGGCGCUCGGGGUACAGCCGCCGAUCACGUGCGACUCUCCACAACUUGGCGGCCCGGCCCUCCACGCCCCCGACAUCGUUCCCUCGCCCGACCUGGCGGUUGCCCCGCCCAAUACGCCAUGGCCGGUUGGCGGCAUCACGCUGCGUGUGCGUGUGCGCAACUACUGCCCCACUCAUACCGUAGAGUGUGUGCGAGUAGAGCUGAAGGUGAUGGUGGAGAUCUUCAAGUCUCUCAAGACCCCGCACACCUUUCCUGGCAUCUCCUACUCGAGUUUCGACUACACAAUCCCCAUCCCUCCUGACAACCAGGCACUAUUCGAUGUGAGGCUCGGCCUGACGCCGCGCUUCCGCCGGCACGAGACCGACAGCGAGUCGCUCUUGCCACCGCCUGGAGUACGAACAGCUAACAUGCGGAGCAACACCUUCUUACAGGUCAGCUUUCCCGGCAUGUACACGUACGUUGAAGAGGAGGAAGAGACGAAGGGCGUCGUGAUCAUGGCGGAGACGGUGAACCUGAAGGACGAGGUGCUCGAACUGCCGGUCCGGUACAGCUGA